UUUGCUGGAAAUAUUUGUGACAAUCGCAUAAGAAUGGUUUAAUUCUUGAAUGCAAUGCGAUUCCUAAAAGAUAGCACUGUUUUUACCAUUAUUAGUUUGAUUAGACCUCGAUCAACAAGUUUUUCGAUUUUUCGUUUUGAAUUCUCAUAUUAUGAGAGGAUUCCUGAAGCAUCAAAUGCUCAAUCCAUGAUUGGCUCAUUCAGUCAAUACGUCGUUUGCAAGGCACAAUGUGUUGAGAUUUUAAUGAGCAGGUGUCGAAUGUCAAUUCUUAUGUGAGUGAGUUUGUGCUAUUCUAGUGGAUAAAAUUAUUCCAUUGUAGAGCGAUUAAAGCUAUAAAUAGAAUCAAUCUCCAAUUAGCACAAAAACCUUGCUGGAUCCAUAAUGAAAUAACUCCGUUCCAUUGUAGAUUCGAUGAUAUCAAGUAAAACAAGAAAAGCGAAAAACCAUUUCAAAACGUGCAAAAACAGUGUUCCUCGCUUCCGGAUGUUGCCCAAUACCUGCUGGGCCCACAGACGGAGAAAGGUGCGAAAAACUUGUGUGUCGUUUCCUGUAUGAAAAUAGUCUUACUCCAACCCUUCCACAAUAAGGCCGACUUGAAUCGAAAUGGGAAUUAUACUCGCCAAACUUUGGAGUUUAUUUGGGACUGAAGAACACAAGAUUGUGAUAGUUGGUCUGGACAAUGCUGGCAAGACUACAAUUCUGUACCAGCUGCUAAUGAAUGAAGUGGUGCACACAUCUCCUACUAUAGGCAGCAAUGUUGAAGAGGUUGUGUGGAACAACCUGCACUUCAUCAUGUGGGAUCUUGGUGGGCAAGAGGUCUUACGAGCUGCAUGGAAUACCUACUAUACAAACACUGAGUUCAUUAUAUUGGUUGUGGACUCGACGGAUCGAGACCGCCUGAACCUGACAAAGGAGGAACUUUACCGGCUAUUGGCGCAUGAGGAGUUGUCCAGAGCGGCUGUGCUCAUCUUUGCCAACAAGCAAGACGUGACAGGCUCCAUGUCUCCUACAGAGAUUUCUAAUAUGCUUAACCUGACCAGCAUUAAAAAGCAUAAAUGGCAAAUUCAAGCUUGUUGUGCACUUACUGGGGAAGGGUUGUACCAAGGACUGGAGUGGAUAGGAAGCACGUUGAAGAGUAAGUGACCCCUCUCCCGCCAUGUAGACCAUCGAUGCAAGAGCUACGCUACACACCCUAUCUCUGGCACCUUGUUGCCUCAAGCUCUGGUAUGAACGCUAGCCCCUCAUAACAGCAAGCGACGAAGCUGUUCAAGGUAUUAGAAGACACCUAACACCCGAUGGCAUGCAUUAGAAGGCUAUUGUCUUGUGGCCUAAAAGUAUUUCCCACUACCUGACGGCAGUCCGCGAGUCAUAACCUUGUGUUGUGCCUAUGAUGCUACGUUUCUAUUAUGUAGUCGUACAUAUGUUGCUUCCAAUUUAAAAUGUACAUAAAUGAACAAUUGGUACUGAGUUUAUUCCAAUUUUUACAUUCAUUAGAUAGACUUCAUGUAAUAUACUCUGCUGCAGAUUUUCUCUGAAUUUCAGCAAUAAGGCUCAUGUAAGUUCUUCAGGAGGAAAAUCACGUGAAGAAGCUUCUGAUCUCAUUUUUUCCUCUUGAAUAACAGGGGAACUGAUAUAUGUUAUGUUGACAUUGUGAACUUAAGUGUCUUGACGACUUUCCUUACUUUCAAGACUGUCUUCUGAAGUAUAUCACCGUUUUUAUUCAUGAUUUUAAGGAAUUGACUGGGAGCUACUGCCUGCAUUUUUUUUUCUCCUAGGUUGAAGCUCUAGUUUCCUCAGUAACCAUUUCCCUGAACUGCAAGUUUUGUGUCUCAUUAUUUAGGCCUUGUGUUGUAUGGCAGGUUAUGAUAGUAGCUCCUAUCUCCUACUUCUAAUAUCUUAUCUCAAAUUUAGUUGUAUUAUUCUGAGCGGCCUUGCAAUUUAAUUGAUAUGUGGACGUUUUCAAUUAAGACGUUGUUCAAUUUGUAAACGUGUCCAGUUAAUUCAAUUACCCUAAAGAUGGCAAACUCUAUUCCCAAGACACUGUAGUUGGACAACUUUUGCGUGUACUAAACCCGACUAUUCGUGUGUAGUACCCAUAUGCGCAUUCAUCAAUAUGAAGUGACUUCUAGGCCAAGUGGGAUGUGCGACUUGGAACGUUUUGUGCCAGUAAAUGCAGGCUAUUAACAUAAGCGAUUUUAGUGUCUCUUUUUAUGGGUGCUUAUAUGACUAGGGUUCGUGCUAAUCCUCAAGCCAAAUGUCGCAAAUGUGAUUGCAAUUGUAAUGUAAUGACCAGGGCCUAUACUUUCAAAAAAAGUUAAGAGUUCGUAA